AUGACGACUGAGGGCCCAGAGAAGACUGGUGAGGAGGGAGUGGGGGCUGGGGCUGGCGUUGGUGGCGGGGGGACGAGGUUUGACCUCGAGAAGGAGACCGAGCUGCGGUUCGAGGUGGAGGCUGGGGAGAAGGUGCAGCUGGAGCUGCUCACAGGAUUGGCGGAGGUCUUUGGCUCUGAGCUCAACCGCAACAAGAAGUACACGUUUGGACCAGGGUCCAAGAUUGCUGUGUUCACCUGGCAGGGCUGUAGUGUUUCUCUCUCGGGGAAGACAGAGGUGAGAGGCUGUAGAGGAGUAACAGAUGAAUGGAGUGGGAUAUGUGUUUGGCUGAAGCAUCUGUUAUUGUUAUCUGUAACUGCUAGGAGUGACAGAUGCAGAAAUGUGUCAAUCUCUCUCCUAGGUGGCGUACGUAUCAAAGGACACACCCAUGCUGCUCUACCUGAACGCACACACUGCACUGGAACAGAUGAGACGACAGGCGGAGAGAGACAACGAGAAGGGACCACGGGUCAGUGUUCAUCUGUGUGUGUGUGUGUCUAUUUUUGUCUGAGUGAAGUGGACUUGGGUCAGUGUGUGUAUGUGUGAGAAGUGGACCUUGGUCAGAGACACUGAUCGUAAGCUCUCUUGUUGUGUAAAAGUUACUUCAACGUUGUCCCCCAGGUAAUGGUGGUGGGGCCUACAGAUGUGGGGAAGUCGACGGUGUGCAGGCUGUUGCUGAGCUACGCUGUCAGGCUGGGCAGGAGGCCCACACUGGUGGAGCUGGAUGUGGGCCAGAGUGGGGUGAGACCAACAAAGCAAUGACAUCAGCACCAACAACUAUGCACAGAGAAUAGUAUAUAGGCAGAUUCAUCCUUUGUGUCUGGAUGGUGGUGUAGAUGCAGUAUAUUGCCUCUUUGCUACUGUUCCCCUCUACUAUCACUGCCAUUAUGCAAAUAAGGAUAGUUGUAUAUAGUGAUUGUGUUGACUGGCAGUGUCUAAGGUUAGUACUGUUGAUGACCGUGAUGCAUUCCUGUCAGGUGUCAGUCCCGGGCACAAUGUCAGCGCUGUGUAUUGAGCGUCCGGCUGACGUGGAGGAGGGGUACUCGGUACAGGCUCCACUGGUCUACCACUUUGGCUCCACCACUCCAGGAACCAACAUCAAACUCUACAACAAGGUGAACGAUGAGACCCAUAAUCUAAUACCCUAACCAUGGAGGUUAUAUGAACCUGUAACUUUGUGGUUGACUUUUUGCCUGGUGUAUGUAAUCAUUUCUACCUUUCUCUCCCCAUCCAUUUUUCUCCAACUUUCUCUCCCUCCUAGUUGACGUCGUGUCUGGCCGACGUGUUCUCCCAGCGCUGUGAGGUGAACAGGAAGGCCAGUGUGGGCGGCUGCAUCAUCAACACCUGUGGCUGGGUGAAGGGUUCUGGCUACCAGGCCCUGGUCCACUGUGCCUCAGCCUUCGAGGUGGAUGUGGUUCUGGUGCUGGACCAGGAGAGGCUUUACAACGAGCUGAAGCGGGACCUACCGCACUUUGUCCGAGUUGUGCUGCUACCCAAAUCCGGAGGGGUCGUGGAGCGCUCCAAAGACUGCCGGCGUGAAGCUCGGGACGAGAAGAUCCGGGAGUACUUCUAUGGUUUCCGCAGUGCCUCGUUCUUCCCUCACGCCUUCGACGUGCGCUUUUCUGAUGUGCGCAUCUACAAGAUCGGAGCGCCUUCCAUCCCGGACUCAUGCCUGCCUCUAGGGAUGUCGCAGGACGACACCCAGCUGAAGCUAGUCCCUGUGACCCCCGGUCGCGACCUCACACACCACGUGCUGAGUGUAAGCUGUGCCGAUGACGGGGAGGAGGGGGCUGGAGGGGUGCGCAGGGGUGUGCUGGAGAGCCCGGUGUGUGGGUUCAUUGUGGUGACUAACGUGGACACACAGGCACAGGUGAUGACCGUGCUCUCGCCCGCCCCCAGACCCCUCCCCAGACACACACUGCUCAUCAUGGACAUUCGCUUCAUCGACCUCAAAUAG